CAUGGCAACGGCGUACACAGCCGCCGCGGCUUCCCCUCGCCCGAGCCCGGCUGAGGAGGGGGCGCAGAAUGGACGCAGCAGCAAAGAGAGUCCAUACAUUUGUGCGAGUCAAGCCAACAGCCGAUUUUGCUCAAGACAUGAUCAAGUUUGGGCCAGACAACAAGAGCAUAGAUAUAUACGUCAAAAAAGAUGCCAGGAAAGGAGUUGUGAACAACAGGCAGACUGACUGGUCCUUUCGGCUGGAUGGCGUCCUUCACAACACCUCCCAGGAACGGGCUUAUGAGACCGUGGCUAAGAAAUUGGUGUCCGAAGCUUUAAUUGGCUAUAAUGGCACGAUAAUGUGCUAUGGGCAAACGGGGGCUGGUAAAACUUACACGAUGAUGGGGGCGACGGCCGAGUACAAGCAUCGAGGAAUCAUACCCCGGGCUAUCCAGCAGGUCUUCAAAGCGACUGCGCAUUCCGUGGAUCCUUUCGUCACUGUCCGAAUAUCCUACCUGGAGAUCUACAAUGAGACCUUGUUUGACCUUCUGUCCACCAUGACGCGCAAUGGGACCAGUGACAUGCAGCUGGCUGUAGUGGAUUGCCCACAGGGUGUUUACGUCAAGGGCUUAUCUAUACAUGCAGUUAGCCACGAGGAGGAUGCUCUAAAUCUCCUUUUUGAGGGCGAGACCAACAGAGUGAUAACAGAGCACACACUGAAUAAAAAUUCAUCCAGGUCCCAUUGCAUCUUCACUAUUUAUAUCGAGUCUCGUUUCAGAGCUUUCUCAGAAGGCAAAUGCAUUAACUCUAAAAUCAACUUAAUAGAUCUGGCAGGCUCAGAGAGACUGAGCAAGACGGGAUCUGAAGGACAGGUUCUGAAAGAAGCCACGUACAUCAACAAGUCUCUGUCGUUCCUUGAGCAAAUCAUCAUUGCCCUGGCUGAUCCUAAGAGGGACCACAUCCCCUUCCGGCAGAGCAAGCUCACUCACGUUCUCAAGGACUCGCUAGGGGGAAACUGCAAUACUGUCCUAGUGGCAAAUAUCUGCGGGGAAGCUGUGCAUGUCGAAGAGACUUUGUCUUCUCUUCGUUUUGCUACCAGAAUGAAAUGGAUCACAACGGAGCCGGUCAUCAACGAGACGUACGACCAAGAGGGGACAGUGAAAGCUUUGGAGAAGGAGAUUAUUCUUCUAAAGCAGGAACUGGCCAUGCACGACAGCUUGGUAAAUCGUUCUUUGGUGACUUAUGACCCUCUGACUGACGUCCAGAUAGCAGAGAUUAAGUCUCAAGUCCAUAAAUACCUAAAAGGAGACGUGGAUGAAAUUGAUAUAGUGAACGUCAGGCAAGUCCAGGAGGUUUUUAAGCAGUUCAAACUGGCUGUAAGUCAACAGGAGCAUGAAGUGGAGGCCAGAUUACGAAGCAAGUACGCUCUGAUAGACAAAAAUAACUUUGCGGCCGUUGCUGCUCUUCAGAAGGAAGGUGUGGUUGAUGUGGAUGGCUAUUUGGUGCAGGAAGAGGAUGGACAGGCUUCUGGGACGAGAACUGCUCCAUUUUCAUCCAGAGAUGGUGGGAAGAAGAAACCCAGGAAAAGCAACGGCCAGCCCAAGAAGGAAGGAAUCGGGAGCUUUCUUUCUGGAAGAGAUCUGGAUGGUUUUUUACCAUCAAAAAGUCAGGGAACGGUUUCCACCAAGGAUCUGGGUGUGAAAGAGGCAGCAAGGAACCAUGAUACAGCACAUAUUGAUGCAGAGCUCUCAAAGUCAGCUCCCGUGGAGGAUUCCCAGCAGCCCAGCUCCCCUCCAUCCAAACCAGUGGCAUUUGAGCAGUUUAAGGAGAAGGGCGGAAGUGAGAUCAACCGGAUCUUUAAAGAGAACAAAAGCAUCCUCCUCGCCAGGAAGAAGAGAAGCAGUACAGUGGCGCAGAGGAUCAACUUCAUCAAGCGUGAGAUAGAGAGCAUCAAAAAGGCUCUGGAGGCUCAGAAGCAGGAGCGGUGGCAGCAGGGAGAGUAUGUCGAUGACAAAGGACAGAUCAUAACUGACGAGGAGGAGUUUUUACUCAUCAUGAAGCUGAAGGACCUGAAGGAAGAGUACAGGUCUGGUUAUGCUGAGCUGCAGGACCUGAAGGCAGAAAUCCAGUACUGCCAGCAUCUGGUAGACCAGUGCCGGAACAAACUCAUCGCAGAGUUUGAGGUCUGGUACAGCGAGUCCUUCCUUAUUCCCAAGGACGUGCGGGAAGCCCUGAAGCCCGGUGGCAACAUCAGACCUGGAAUGAUUCCCAUAAACAGAGUCAUGUGCCUGGAGGAAGACGAGCAGGAGAGGUCUGAGCGGAUGCAGGAAACAAAGCUGCCGGCCUGCCCGGCUUCGGGCUCGUUCCACAAAGCCAAAAUGAAGAUUGAUCAAAAGCACAUGUACACCAGAACCGUGUCAUCCCUCGAGCAAAUGCGCAAGAAACCUGGGCUCGUCACAGCUGCUGGGAAGAAUAAACCCCUGUCGUUUCUGCGCGUCACGUAACGGAUCCGGGCUCAGCCUGGAACCCGGCAUUCAACACAAGCGACGUCACCUCGGAAAGUGCCCUGCGUUCAUGUCCACAAUAGAUUUAUCAAAAAUAAACGGUAGGGGGGAAAAAAACCAAACCCACCCCAAGCACCUAACUUUUGUGCAGCUAGACUGAGAGUUAUUGGUAAGCGAAGCCGCUGCUUCGACGGGAAGCAAGCCGGGGAGUUCAAACAGCGACGCUUGUUUUUCUGAGCGUCUCUGGAAAACGCGGCGUCCCGACGAGAGAGGGGUGUUGUGGACAACCUGGGCUGCUUCCGCCUCCCUCCUCCCUGCUGCCGGAGGCAACGGCCUCCUGGGCUUGUCCUCAACGGAGCGUCAAGUCGCAUCUUUGCUAAUUUGAUGCUCUGGAGGUGGAUCCUGAGGAGCCAGGUUUGGGUGGGAACCAGUCCUCCCUUGGAUCGAAGCAACCCCGGGGCGUUUGCCCUCCCGGCGAGAGGAAGGGGCUGGAGAGGCGCACGCAGCAGAGCAGCGUUCCCGUCACCUGCCUGGCAGGAGAUUUACGGCAGCCUCCCCACCUCAGUGCAGCAGGAACAGGGCAGUGUUUGCCCACCGCUUUCCAGGAAAGCGAUUCAGAUCCAGGGGGGAGAUCACGGUGCCCAGCAACUGGAAAGCUCCAGAGGAUUUCAGGCUGCCGUUAUCUUCGCCCACAGAGCCGAAGGCCUGCUGGAAUUCCUCCUCCUCCAGAACCAGGUGGAGGUGGGAAGUUGAUUCCAGCUUGGCACGUGCCAGGGAAGUUUCUACACCAAAUAUCCAAGCCAAGAGAGUCCCAUAUUCUCCUCCUGCUGCAAACGGUUCACCACCACAUCAGUCUUGCCGGGGCAGAGCUGGGCCGGUUCCUGCGAUUUACCCAAAAUUAUGAGAAACACGCGUGUUCAAGACCAGGCCGGAUGGAGCUUUGAGCAACCUGGUCUGGUGGGAGGUGUCCCUGCCCAGGGCAGAGGGGUGGGACUGGAUGAUCUUUAAGGUCCCUUCCAACCCAAACCAUUCUAUGAUCUCGCAGGGGUCCCUCCAACACCCAGCUCGCCCAGGGCAAGUCUCACGCGUGGGCUGGCCGUGCCGCUGGCUGCCGUGAUGUGAGGGCGUAUGGAUCUGUUCUCCUGGGCAAUGACAGCAGCACGUGUCCUCUCGGGAAGCUCUGGUGAUCGCAGGUAGUUCCUCAAACCCAAUCUGCCGUCAGCGUUGGCUCCUCCAUCGCUCCUCUCCACCUGUAUCGCAGCCGGGGCUCCGAGGAGCUGCGGAUGAACGUGGGGCCAUAUAUACGUAUGUAUAUAUGUGCCGGUCAAGCUGCAGCCUCGGCUUAAAGGAGCUCCUUAGGGUCCGGCUCCUCCUUGGGGUUUCUCCUUCUUGUCUCCGCAAGGAAGAAAAGCAUCAGCCAUGAUUUUUGUGUCUACUACACGUUUUGGGUUGCCCUCGGCACUCGUCCUCUGUGGCUCCAGCCGGUGGGUGCUGCUGAGCGCAGGGUCCGGUCUGCGUUCAGAGCCGCAGCCCCCAAGAGCUACGGAAUUAUUUGGGGAGCUGGAAGAAUAAUGCGGAAAUUGCCAAAACGCGGCAUCCCGUGCUCCGCGGCCAUCGGGAGCGCCCUGGCCAAAGCCUGGUGAAUCAUUGGGGUUACUGGAAAACCCGCUGGCACGUCACUGGGGUUACUGGAAAAGCCACCGGCACUUGGCUGAGCCAUGGGAUGGGGAACGGACAGCCCCCGCUGCCAAACCCUGCACCAGCCGUGGCAGGAGCAUCCCUGAAUUACAGUAUCCCAGGUCAGAGGUUUUCCACAUGCCACCUCCGUUUAUAUGGAAUGCUGGGAAAAUGAAUUAGUGCAAGCUGUUGGGUUUGGUUUAAUUGGUUGUAGCUCACCCCUGUUACUGUAACAGCACCUGCGCCCCAGAAGCGCUGUGGAGAACAGCUGAGAAACCACCUUUUCUUUGGAAUUAUCCAUUUCCAAAGGCUUAUAAAGCUGAAUUUCCCAGGAAAACGCUUCCACAAGAACUGAGCUAUGCCUUCCUUCGACCUUCUCCUCCAUCCACCCCUCCUUCCCUUCCCCGUCACGCUUCUGCACGAGUGCUGCUCGGUGCCACCCACCCCGUCCCUGUGAGUCCCUGCCAGCCCAAAUCUGGAAAAAAAGGCAAGAAAUCUCAAUUUUGGAUGCUGCAAACAUACUUCUGUGGCUCCUGUGUGGGCGGGAUGGUCCUACUGCACCCCAAAAGCAAGCUCCUGGGGUGCUCCGGCACCGUCUCCCUGGAGGAGCUCUCCCCGGGGUUUGGGAGGCUGGUGAAAUAAAACAAGGUCUGAAAGGACAAGAGCAGUUUUUAGUGAUUUUGUGGAUUUUUCUCUGGAAUGUGGCCUGGGCGCUGGCAGGGCCUGGGGAUGGGCAGGGCCCUGGGCUGUCCCUGGUGUGAUCCCGGGGGUGCCCGUCAUCCUGGGGGAGAUCCUGGGGUUAUCCCAGGGUGCCAGAGUCCCGGGAGUGAUCCUGAGGUGCCGGUAAUCCCGGGCGUGUUGGUGUCCUGUGGUGCCAGUGUCUAGGAGUCAGGGCGAUCCUGGAGGUGAUCUGGGAGUGCCACUGAUCCCAGGGGAGAUUCCUGGGAUGUUGGUGAUCCCAGGGGGAGAUCCUGGGAGUGCCGGUGAUCCCGGGGUGCUGGUGCCCCGGGGUAUGGGAGAUCCUGAGGGAUGCUGGUGAUGCCAGUUCGCUGGGGUACUGGUAUCCUGGGGGUCACCCUGGUGUGCUGUGGGUGAUCCGAGGUGCUGGUGAUCCUGGGGAGAUCCCGGUGUGGUCCCAGCAUUACCAGGGAGAUCUUGGUGACCCCAUGGCUGAUCCUGGUGUGGCCCCGGUGCCUGGUGUGGCCCCAGUGAUCCCAGGGGUGAUCCCGGUGUGAUCGCGGUGAGAUACCGGCGGUCCCAUGGCUAAUGCCAGUAUCGCCCCAGUGCCUGGUAUGGCCCUGGUGAUCCCAGGGAUGAUGCUGGUGUGAUCCCGGAGAGAUCCCACCCGUCCCAUGGCUGAUCCUGGUGUGUCCCCGGGACUUCCCUGCCCGACCCCGCUGAGGUCACGGUGAUCCCGGGGGUGAUGCUAGUGUGGCCCCGGUGCCUGGUGUGGCCCCGGUGAUACCAGUGUGAUCCCAGGGGUGAUCCUGGUGUGGCCCAAGUGAGAUCCUGGGGAUGAUGCUGGUGCGGCCCCAGUGAUCGCGGGGGUGAUCCUGGUGUGGCC